AAGCCAGGCCGGCGCGGGGGAAGCCUUCAGGUCCCCGGGAGUGGCAGAGAGUCGCUGACCCGGCUGGCAACUAGUCUGCGCUCCAGCCGGAGAGGCUCCCUCCACCUCCUCCUCCUCCUCCUCCCCGCCGCUCCCCGCUCGGUGGCUGCCAGAGGCUCGCCUGCCUUGCAAAUGGCUGGGCUCUUGGCAAGGGAGGCAGCCUGAACCCCUCCGCUCCGCCUCUGCUCUCCCCUUGUGGACCCGCCGCCGCCGCUGCACUGCCGCCCCCCCGGCGCCUUCCCGGUGCCUCCGAGCUCCCCCGGCUGCCUUGCCGGCGCCUUUUUCCAUUGGUUGGGGAUGCGUCUAUUUCCAGCAGCGCCCAACUUCUCCCGGGAGCAGCUUGACUCUGGGUUAUGGGCAAGUCAGAAAGUCAGAUGGAUAUAACUGAAAUGAACUCUCCAAAACAAAAGAAAAAAACACGAUGGAGUGCAAUGGAAAUUGGGCUUGCGGUUGUAGCAGUCCUUCUAGCUAUUGUAGGCAUCACCAUGAUAAUUCUGUACGCCACCCGUUCCGAUAGUGUAUGUGUAACUCCAGACUGUGUAAAAUCAGCUGCCCGAAUCCUUGACAGAAUGGAUCCUACAUCAGAACCUUGCAAAGAUUUUUACCAGUAUGCUUGUGGAGGAUGGUUAAAGAAGAACAUCAUUCCAGAGACAAGUUCCAGUUAUAGUAACUUUGAAAUUUUAAGGGACGAACUAGAGGUUGUUUUGAAAGAUGUCCUCACUGUGAAAAAUGACAAUGACAUACCAGCUAUUCAAAAAGCAAAAACUCUGUACAGAUCUUGUAUAAAUGAAACUGCUAUUGAUCUCAGAGGAGGGCAACCUCUCAUCAACAUGUUGGCCACUAUUAAUGACUGGCCUGUAGCAAUGGACAACUGGGACGGAACCUAUGGUACCAGUUGGACAGCUGAAAAUUCUAUUGCACAGCUAAACUCCAAGUACGGGAAAAGGGUUAUCAUUAACCUGUUUGUUGGCACAGACGAUAAAAACUCCACAGAACACAUACUUCAUAUUGAUCAGCCUGGACUUGGACUUCCUUCCCGUGACUACUAUGAAUGCACUGGAUUAUACAAGGAGGCAUGUGCAGCCUACGUAGAUUUCAUGAUUUCUGUAGCGAAACUGAUCCGCACAGAGAGAAAACUCACUAUCAAUGAGAACCAAAUUUCUGUGGAAAUGCAAAGAGUAAUGGAGUUGGAAAAAGAGAUUGCCAAUGCUACAACCAAAUCUGAUGAUAGAGUUGACCCCCUUCUGCUAUACCACAAAAUGACACUUGCUGAAGUCCAAAAGAACUUUUCUUUGGUAGUCAAUCAACAGCCAUUCAACUGGUUAUUGUUCGUAAAUAAUGUAAUGAAAGCUGUGAACAUCAGUAUUCCAAAUACAGAAGAUGUGGUUGUUUAUGCUCCAGAAUAUCUGAUCAAACUAAAGCCUAUUAUUAGUAAAUACAGUCCCAGAGAUCUUCAAAACUAUAUGAGCUGGCGAUACAUAAUGGAUUUGGUAAACACUCUAAGCCAAAGCUACAAGGACACAAGGGCUACUUACCGUAAGGUGCUGUAUGGCACAACCGCAGUCACUGCUGCGUGGCGCCGCUGUGCAAACUACGUCAAUGGCAACAUGGAGAAUGCUGUAGGGAGGAUGUAUGUAGAAGCAGCAUUUGCUGGAGAGAGCAAACACAUGGUACAAGACAUGAUUACACAAAUCCGUGAGGUUUUUGUAAAAACACUGGAUGAACUGAGUUGGAUGGAUGCAGAAACCAAAAAGAGAGCAGAAGAAAAGGCUACAGCCAUUACGGAAAGGAUUGGUUAUCCUGAUGAUAUCAUAAAGGACAAUGAUAAACUGAAUAAAGAAUAUAAAGAUCUGAACUACAAUGAAAAUGAAUACUUUGGCAAUUACAUUCAAAAUUCAGUGUUUGACCCUGUGCUGAAGGCCUCGAGAGAAGUGAACAAGGAAGAGUGGAUAAGUGGAGCAGCUGUAGUCAAUGCAUUUUAUUCAGCAAACAGGAAUCAGAUUGUCUUCCCGGCAGGUAUUUUGCAACCACCUUUCUUUAGUGCAUCCCAACCUAACUCCUUGAAUUAUGGCGGCAUUGGCAUGGUCAUCGGCCACGAAAUCACACAUGGCUUUGAUGACAAUGGUAGAAAUUUUAAUGAGAAAGGAGACCUUGUAGACUGGUGGACUGAAGUCUCUGCAAGAAUGUUUAAGGAACAAUCUGAGUGCAUGGUAAACCAGUAUGGAAACUUUACGUGGGAUCUAGCUGGAGGACAACAUCUCAACGGAAUCAAUACCCUUGGAGAAAACAUUGCAGAUAAUGGUGGCAUCAGGCAAGCGUACAAGUCCUAUGUGAACUUUGUAAAAAAAAAUGGAGAAGAGAAACUGCUUCCCGGCCUUGACUUCAGCCACAAGCAGCUGUUUUUUCUGAACUUUGCACAGGUAUGGUGUGGAACAUUCAGACCAGAAUAUGCUGUCAAUGCCAUUAAAACAGAUGCACACAGCCCGGGACAUUUCAGGGUCCUAGGGACAUUGCAGAACACUCCGGAAUUUUCAGAGGCCUUUCAGUGCCCCAGCGCAGACUACAUGAAUCCUGUGAAAAAGUGCCGUGUUUGGUGAUGGAACUAUAAACCAUGCAACUCAAAGGGCAACAUUUCCCAGAAACCUGGAACCAUUUUUGGGUGGCCGGAGUCGAUUUGACAUGGAAGGAAAAUCAGAGACACACUGAGGGCAUCAAAGCAAUGCAUCCUGCAGAAGAAAGGAAGGACUGGUGAAACAGCCAGUGCCAACCAUUGUUCUGACUAAACUCGGGCAACUAUAAAUCACUGCAUACAUAAAAUUCCUUCACUUGUGGUGUUUUGUUAGAUUCUGAAAAAAAAAACAUUUUGCCUGCAGGUUUUAUUGUAUGUUUUACCCUGUUCUUUGGCACAUUUGCUUGAAAGCAAGUCUCACCGUUCUUAGCAUCACAGCCUUAACAACCUGUUGCCCUGAGAACAUGUACUGAUAUUUCUAAUCAGACAGAAAGGAAUACCAAGGAAUACGUUACCUUCGACGUGGAAACGUAAGAAUGAAUCAAGAGUUUACAUCAAAGUGUUAGAUUGUCUAACAUCUCUUAUCGUGGUUCAUGUGCUUUACCAAACAUUUGUUUUACAGAGGUGGCCUUAGAAACUGAAUGAACAAAGACAAAUCUGUUGGGGCCUAAGCAUUUAACAUUCAUGAGCAUUCCAAAUUCAGUGCACUCAAAAGUUUGUUGACAUCUGCAUGUCCUCAUGCAGUGGUGAACACAUACAAGAAGCUGCCUUAUACGGAAUCAGACACUUGGUCUAUCAAGGUCAGUCUAAUGUACUCUGCCUGCCAGUGGCUCUGUAGGAUCUCAGGUAGAAGUCAGUCACACCACUUCUCUCUAACCCUUGUAACGGGAGGUUCCAGGGAUUGAACCUCAGUCUGGAUACACGACCACUGAGUCCUUUCAGCCUAUGAACCCAAUCCAGUUGGAAGAUAAGCGGUCAAGUAUAACAACAGGUCAGCCAUGAUGUGGAUGUCAAUUUUCAUUGACCUCAGGAGAUGCACCUAGGCAGCAACAGGGCGCUAAUUAGUAUCAAAAUGUAUGUGAAUAAAGUGUAGGGGGGCGGGUAUUCCCUGGCAACCAGCGGAAGCUGGGGAGAAACUCAAUAGCAGUAAAUUUUGGCUGAGGCCUUUGGCUUCAGAACCUUGACAACCCCAUUUCCGGCAUGCAUCAAAGUGACGUCAUCACAUCUAUUGUCACUGACAACCACAGGGACGCUCUGGACAUGCCGGAAAUGAUGUCACCGCAUUCUGAUGCCAAAAUUGUGACCUUUCCUUGCGUUCCUACAUGGAACAGAGAACUGAGAAAAACUAUGAAGAAAAUCUCCCUUUUCCUUGCUGCUUCUAUAGCUUUUGUCUUAAUGGGAGAUAGAUAACAGAGCAAAAUAUCCCUCCCUUCUGUCUUCAUUAUCCACUAAAUAAGGGACCAUUGCCAGCACAAGAUGCACACACUCUGCAGACGACAGUCUAAGGCCUCUUCUGUAUCUUUUCAUUUUUAUGUGCAACCAUUAAUAUGAGAACAAUCCAAAGACAACCUGUAAUUUCCUUAAGUGAUUAUCUAUUGACCAAAUUUGCUGUUUGCUACUUUUCAGCUGAAAUGAUACUGUACAUAAUUUUUUUAGCAUUUAUUGUAAUCACAAUGGUUGUAAUCAAAGACCUCUUCACAUUUUUUCUAAGAUUUUCCUGCUUUCUUUCAAAACUUGCUCUUUUGGAGGGGAUGGGGAAGGAUUUGUAAUAAUAUACAGGUUCACACUUUUUAUAUUUAAUUCUGACCUACGUGGAACAUGGUUCGGGUACAUAUUAUGGGGGUAUCAGAGUACAAAUAAAUUUAUCUUUAAAAUAGAGACUGAUUACUUUUGAUAUGAAUCCUAGAAACUGGCUCUACAAACUUUGAGAUCUAAACAGUAAACACAAGAGAUGUUCAUAGUUCCUCUAAAACUACCAUGACCGUAAAAAAUUCAGUAAUGUUUCUUAUUAGUAAAACAUCUUUUUAAACAACUUUCCCUCAGGUGACUGGGUAAAUACUGCUUCUGGUACAGCAAAAUACUGAGAUGUUCAAAAUAAAUACCAGAUACCUCA